AUGAAGGCAGUUUUGGAAACUGUCAACCACAACUGCAAGAGCAUUCCCAGGCUAACAUUAGUACCUGCAGCAUGUGAAAACAAUAAAGAGUUUGCACAGGGUCUCCAGGUUUACCUUAUGUCUGUACCACCUGGUGUCUUUGAAAGUGGACUUGCAAUACCUGGAAUCCACCGGUUUCACCAAAAACAUAAUAGGAAAUAUAUUGUAAUGGUUCGAGAAUUCCGUGAUAUCAUAAUGGGUCAGUUUGCAGGUCACCAUCACACAGAUACGUUCAGAGUUUUUUACAACAAAAAUGAUUUGGCGGACCCUUUUUGCAGCUGGGAGGCGGACGAGGCGUGGCGCGUGACUUACCACUACUUCCACUUCGACCCGCUGCACGGCAACCACCGCGUGGAGGUCGUGAACUUCCAGUGGACAGACGGCGUGUUCGGCGUGGCGCUGUCGCGGCCCGACGCGCAGGGCGAGCGCACCGUCUUCUUCCACGCGCUGUCCAGCCUGCGCGAGUUCUCGGUGCCGGCCGGCGUGCUGCGCAACCACACGGCGGCGCUCGCCACCGGGCCCGACUCCUACUACCACUACCGGGACCUCGGCUUCAAGGGCAACGACACGCAGGCCACCGCCUCCUACCUCGACCUCGACACCGGCGUGCUCUUCUUCACGCAGCUGAACCGCAAUGGCGUGGCAUGCUGGAACACGCAGAAGCCCCUGGAGCCGGCCAACGUGCACUUGCUGGUCAGCGACGGCGAGCGCCUCUCCUUCCCCAACGACCUCAAGGUGGACGCCGAGGGCACCCUCUGGGUGCUCACCGACCGCCUGCCCGUCUACGUGUACAAGGGCGGCCUCGACCCCAACACGGUCAACUACCGCAUCUUCUCCGCGGCCGUCAAAGACCUCAUCAAGGGCACCGUCUGCUAGGCGUAGUUGGUCGCUGAGGCUCGACGAUGACGCCGCA